AUGAGGGAGGCGAUGGAGAAAACUGAGAUCUACGAGUACCUGCUGUCUCUGAGCUCAGGCGUACUUCACAUCACUUAUUCUGCCUCACCUUACCUGCAUCACCUGGCCUGCAUCACCCAACCUGCCCCACUCAGCCCAGCUCACACAGCUUGCCCCAUAUGGCUAACCCCCUCUGACCUGCCCUGCUCUGCCUGUCCACGUAGUCUGCCCUGGCCCUGCUUGGCCCGUCCAGCCUGCCACGCCUGCCUACUUAGCCCAGCGGCCUCUGCUCACCGCUCACCAGACCUGCACAUGCUAGUGUGUGAAGAUGAGCAGGUGGUGUGUAGGUUAGUAGGUGUGUGUAGGUGGUCUGUCAGUGAGCAGGUAGGUGGACAGUUGUGUAGGUCAGUAGGUGUGUGUAAGUGGUCUGUCAGUGAGCAGGUAGGUGGACAGUUGUGUAGGUCAGUAGGUGUGUGUAAGUGGUCUGUCAGUGAGCAGGUAGGUGGACAGUUGUGUAGGUCAGUAGGUGUGUGUAAGUGGUCUGUCAGUGAGCAGGUAGGUGGACAGUUGUGUAGGUCAGUAGGUGUGUGUAAGUGGUCUGUCAGUGAGCAGGUAGGUGGACAGUUGUGUAGGUUAGUACGUGUGUGUAAGUGGUCUGUCAGUGAGCAGGUAGGUGGACAGUUGUGUAGGUCAGUAGGUGUGUGUAAGUGGUCUGUCAGUGAGCAGGUAGGUGGACAGUUGUGUAGGUCAGUAGGUGUGUGUAAGUGGUCUGUCAGUGAGCAGGUAGGUGGACAGUUGUGUAGGUCAGUAGGUGUGUGUAAGUGGUCUGUCAGUGAGCAGGUAGGUGGACAGUUGUGUAGGUCAGUAGGUGUGUGUAAGUGGUCUGUCAGUGAGCAGGUAGGUGGACAGUUGUGUAGGUUAGUAGGUGUGUGUAGGUGGUCUGUCAGUGAGCAGAUAGGUGGACAGUUGUGUAGGUCAGUAGGUGUGUGUAAGUGGUCUGUCAGUGAGCAGGUAGGUGGACAGUUGUGUAGGUCAGUAGGUGUGUGUAGGUGGUCUGUCAGUGAGCAGGUAGGUGGACAGUUGUGUAGGUCAGUAGGUGUGUGUAAGUGGUCUGUCAGUGAGCAGGUAGGUGGACAGUUGUGUAGGUCAGUAGGUGUGUGUAGGUGGUCUGUCAGUGAGCAGGUAGGUGGACAGUUGUGUAGGUCAGUAGGUGUGUGUAAGUGGUCUGUCAGUGAGCAGGUAGGUGGACAGUUGUGUAGGUCAGUAGGUGUGUGUAAGUGGUCUGUCAGUGAGCAGAUAGGUGGACAGUUGUGUAGGUCAGUAGGUGUGUGUAAGUGGUCUGUCAGUGAGCAGAUAGGUGGACAGUUGUGUAGGUUAGUAAGUGUGUGUAGGUGGACUGUCAGUGAGCAGGUAGGUGGACAGUUGUGAAGGUCCGUAGGUUGAGUUUCAGGUGUUUAGGUGUGAAGUAGAGCUGCACGAUUCUGGACCAAAUGAGAAAUAUGUCGUAAAUUUAAAAAAUAUAUUUUUAACGUUUUUUUUUAGAAUAGAAAUCAGGCUUUUCUAUUUCUAUGAAUUUAGUGGUUUAGAAACCCUGCACCUUAAAUUACCAAACUCAAACAAAACAGAAAAAAUGCUCUUUGCUUUUAUUAAAUUUAAACAAAUAUAAACAAAUGACUACCAGGUUUUUCAUGAGAAAUAAAUAAAAAUCACAAUUUUGCCAUUAUAUUCAUAUAAAAUAGAAGAAGCCCUCAAAAUAUAAUAAAAGAGGCGCUUCUUAUUUCACUUUUGUAGUAAUAAAUAGAAUUUAUAAAAA